UGUAAAUUCGAUGGUAACUGCAGUCGUUGUUGACAUCAAGAAUGCUCAGAAUAUGAGGCGUAUUUUAGAGAUGGAUGGUAUCUGGGAUUCUUCUCGGAGGCUUCAGAAAUUUGUGAAUGUCGUCGCUAUCCCAGUGAGUCCAUCAGCAUCUCACUUCUUCACCAUGGAUGAAGGAGAUUGUUUAGAAACAAAUGAUGAAGUAAAAGCCUUGGAGAUAAAAAUUCCAUUAGACAAUAUCCUCAAAUCUGGAAGAUACCACAAUAUACAAUGUCAUCUUGCCUUGAUUUCCCUCCCGCUGGCAAAAAAACAGCUUGUGGUUUCUCCAUAUCAAACACUGGUGAAGCAAUUGAGAAAGAGGUUUAACGAGUUAGCCGUUCCAUUUCCAGAAGACUUAGAAAAAGAGAUUCCGAAUGUGUGGGAGAAACAUGGAGAUCUUAUUUUAUUGCCGCAGUCAAGUUUUCUUUCCACCACAUGGCAGUGCUGCAAUGACCUUUGGGACAUAGUGGCAUCUGUACUCGGAGGUCAAAGGGUCGCCAGGAAAGGUCGGGUCAACCCAGAUGACUACAGGAGUCCAAGGGUUGACCUGUUGCUAGGCAACGAUGGAUGGGUAGAGCAUAAAGACAAUGGCAUCAGAUAUACCUAUGACGUCAAACAUUGCAUGUUCUCCAUUGGGAACAUUACAGAAAAGAUAAGAGUGGCUGGCUUUGACUGUACUGGAGAGACUGUAGUUGACCUUUAUGCAGGUAUCGGAUAUUUCACAUUGCCCUAUUUGGUCCACGCUGGCACCUCGCUGGUUCAUGCCUGUGAGUGGAACCCAGACGCUGUCGACGCUCUCAAAAAGAACCUGGUGCUAAACAACGUUCAGGGUAGAUGCCAAGUACACGCUGGAGACAACAAACAAGUUUGUCCAAAGGGUGUCGCUGAUCGAGUGAAUCUCGGACUCAUCCCAAGCUCCAAGGACGGAUGGCCGGUCGCCUGCGCCGCUCUCAAACCACAGACAGGAGGGAUGCUGCAUAUCCAUGGCAACGUGACAUCACAUUCACAGACCAAGAAAACAAACAGUGGACCUAAUCCUCCACAACAUGCUGUGGGGUCUCCCUCUGGUAAAAGAACAGCAACUGACAAUGCAUCACUCGAAGAUGAUGAUAGUAUGGAGACAAACUGUGAACCAAUGGAAAGAACUAACCCUGCUGGAUUGGGAACGGCUGAUGAAUCUCAGGUUUCUGAAUGUAGCACAAAUGUUGUGGAAGGAAGUGCAAACUCAAGACUAGGAGAAUCUUGUACACUGUCAUCAGACAUAGCGAAAGACAACCAGAGAUUAGAAUUAAAUUCGACCUUAACUGCAAAAACAAAAACAGAUAUCCAACAUCAGAGUGUUGGAGCAGAGAGAAAUUCUUUUAAGCGCACAACUGGUGGAGAUGAAAUGUCAAAACAACAAAAUAUUGAAAGAACCAAAAUGUCACCAGAGAUGUCCAAAACAUCACCAGAGGGAACUGAAGCAUCAGCAGAGAGAACCAAAUCUUCACCAGUAAGAUCCGCUGUAGAGGGAUGUACAGAACUCACUGCAAAAGAAACCUGGAAGACUUGGGGGGAGGCUACUGCGAGGAAAGUACAAGGAAUAUUAGUCGUCGUUCACGGUGGGCAAUGGACAACAGAGGUGACUCAUAUUGAACAUGUGAAAUCCUACGCGCCUCAUGUAGACCAUAUUGUGGCUGAUAUAAGAUGUAUACCAAAGAAUUAAAAGUUAUGUUUUGUCUUGGCCAUUAUGGCCCAAUAUCUUAGAACAAGAAUGAGCAGUCUCGUAGCUCGCUAGUCUCCGUAAAUGGCCCUUAAAUGUGAAAUAAGCUUCCUGUACAAAUUAGAAAUGCCAGCUCACUUUGCGAACUUAGACGGUCGGCCAUUUUCUGGAGUCAAAAAAUUGGCUCCACUAGACAGCGUGCCGUUAGUUCACAACGUAAAAGGAAAAUAUUUGCAAUGAUCAAUAUAUUCUACUUUUAAAACAUCUUUCUACA